AUUAUCGGGCAGGUACUAUCGCGGCGGAGCUUGCGAGCCCCUGACCGUAUGAUCCAACAAGGGGAUGCGGGCGCAGUGGGCAUGCAGUACCUCAUUGGCAUCUACGUACGACAGCGCCAGAUUCCUCCAUCUGUCCGCGAACUCGUUUCGGGUCGGCGCCACAGCGAUGGACGUGUACUGUUGGCAGACUGCGAAAAGGAGCUGUGUGGAGUUCGGCAGGCCUUGCCUGCUAGCUAGCUGUCACCGAUAUGGACCGUACCAGUGGUUGCGCCGGGCGUGUACAUGGUAGCAGCUGAUUAGCACCGCACAGCAUAUAAGGCGGUCGGUGGCAGCAUCUGGUCAUCACAGUGUCACCUCACAUUCACCCCUCAUGUCUUCCACCAAGACAAAGGUUAUCAUCGCAGGCGCUGGCAUUGCAGGCCCGAUACUGGCCACAUUCCUCAAACUCAAGGGAUACGACCCGACUGUAUACGAACGAGUCGAUGCACUGACCGAUGCUGGUCUUAGUCUCGUCCUGCAACCCAACGGCCUGCGUGUGUUGCACUAUUCCAGGCUUCAUGGAGAAGCUCAUCGGACAGCCGAUCCAGAAACUGCAACACGUAUCUGUUCUUCCAGACGAGACUACUGUACUUGCAGAUGUCGACAUAUCGCAAAUGGCCGAACAGCGGGCUUCCCGGCAAUCGGCGUCCGUCGUCCUGUAUUCAAUCGCACUAUCGUCGAGGUCGCAGAGAGCCAUGGCGUGAAGAUCGUCUUUGGUCACCAGCUCGUGUCGCUCAAACAAGAGGCCGAAAGCGUGGAGGUCACCUUCGCGAAUGGCGCUGUGGACAGUGCGAGUUUCGUCAUUGGGUGCGAUGGACUCCACAGCGAUACGCGUAUCUGCCUCUUCGGGAGCGAAUCCGCCACCUUCACCGGCCUCACUCAGACGGGCGGGAUAUCACCUACUCCUGAGGUCCUCAAGACCCAUUCUGGCAUAAUCAAUGUCUACGCAGAUGGAGCACACUUGGUAGCAUAUCCCGUCAACGACAAGGAGACGUCCUGGGCCAUCACACGUCGUGAGCCAGAAGCCAAGGAGUCUUGGCGCUCGAUUGACGAGGAGACGAGGAAUCGGUUCACGGAAGGCCCCUGGUCUCAAUGGCCCUUCGGUGCUGGGGAGCUCGUGACAUCGUCCCACACCGUCAUAAAGUAUGGUCUGUACGACAGACCAGCGCUCACAUCGUGGCACAGCGGCCGCGUUGCCCUCUUGGGAGACGCUGCGCACCCAACUAGCCCGCACCUCGGACAAGGCGCAAACCAGGCCUUCGAGGACAUCUACCAUCUCGUGCGUCUGCUCACGAAGCACAACCCCGCCGCAGCGCCGCCUUCCACAGAGCUUCUCGGCACCAUCUUCUCCGAAUACGAGCAGCUCCGCAUCGCGCGCACGUCCGAGCUUGUCCAGGGCGCGCGCCGUCAGGGCGAGGCGCGCGUCGUGCAGGGCGUGGAGGCGUGUCGUGUGCGGAACGCGGCCGUCAAGGAGUUCUGGACGAACGAAGGAUUCUUGAGCGGCCGCCUGGAGUUCUACGCGCACCCUUUACUGAUGCUGAAACUGUAUGCGCCGUACGGCGUAGCUCGCAUUCAUCGCCCGCACUUCGUGAUGUGCGCGAGGCGCGAGACCGCUGUGCUCUUCGAAGACUUUGCCUGAG